CAUGGCGUCAACAGGAGCAAAAUAUUUGUCUAUUUAAUGUAUUGUUUUGUUAACCUUUGUUUAAGAAAUAACACUGUGCUUAAACAGUUGUAAGACUUCCAGAAACUCCAGACCUACGGACAUGCCAGGCAUAAACAUUCAAGGGCUGAUCGAAUUUCAUAACUCCUUAGCCAGAAAAAGAGAUAAGCCACUUUUGACUGAUAACAAUGGCGAGAAGUGUUCCCUGGCGUCGAGAGUGCAAUGAUGUGGUGUUCUGGAGGCAGACAGAGGCUCAGAAUGCAACCAUCUACAUUCUCAGAGAAACUGGGCCCACGGGUUUUCUACUAAAGGAAGAAGGAGAAACAAAACCAUGCAAGGCAUUUCUUGGCGACCCUCAUAGCUGUACCUGUACCCAGUUCAUGAAAGAUAGAGAUCUCUGCAAACACAUUUGUUGGUUGCUGCUCAAGAAGUUCAGAGUUCCUCAGACUAAUCCAAUAUCCUGGCAAAAAGGCUUGGUUGAGAGAGAAAUUAACGAGAUCCUACGCGGUCUCACUCAGCAAAUGAGGAAGAAGGUUCCAACUGCAGUGACCCGCUGGCGACGUCCCAUGUCCUCUGACAGUGAUGCAAGGGAGGUCAUUCCGCAACGAGAUAUCGCAGAAGAUGAUGUGUGCCCGAUAUGUCAAGAUGAACUGUUAAAGAAGCGACUUCCAGUCACCUACUGCAAAUUUGGAUGUGGCAACAGUAUCCACAUCAAGUGCAUGAAAGUCUGGGCCGAGCACCAGAAGUCUCAAGGGGAGACAACUGUGAAGUGUCCGUUCUGCCGGGAGGACUUUGGUCCCUUUGAGAUGCUCAAGUACGAGAACCGGAACGCAGAAGGUGUGCAGCAAGGGGGCCGGAUGGACCGACACCUGGGCACCACCUGUCAGAGCUGUAGGGUCUCUCCUAUAGAAGGAAAAUGCUACAGAUGCAGUAGCUGUGCUGAUUUCCACCUGUGUCAGUCAUGUUUUAACACGCCCAUUCACACUCAGCAUGCCUUUCAGUACAGACAUAAGCGUAACCAGCGCUGGACAGCUGCAGGCAGAGCAUAUGGUGCCGUGUUACCCCAGGCCAUCGUAGACGACCUUGUGAACAGGGAGAUAUCUGAGAAUGAUUAUGAUCUACUCACACAGUUGGACGCCAAUGCAGGCACCAUAGGUAGUGAUAUCCCAGAAGAUGUUGUUAAUGGUUUUCCCCUAGAGAAGGUUCGAGGCACGGGUCCGUUGUUACAACCGGGGGUCCAGUGCCGUAUAUGUCUCCACGGUUACCAGGUCGGGCAGUUCGUGCGCAAACUGCCUCGCUGCAAACACAAGUUCCACAAGGACUGCAUAGACAACUGGUUGCUGCACUCAAGGCCCACAUGUCCCAUUGACGGGCAGGUGGUCUGGGACAGGUUUUCUGCUCAACUAGACGGAGAAAGCACCAGAACCAAUCGCAAACCAGCAAACAGACCUUUGCAGGACUCAUCAACACAAAAUAGAAACGUGAUAAACUUAGAGAUACCUGGAAUGGGGAUUUCUUUGCGGACCCAUGUACCUUCAGAACCUUGUGUCCAGGUCCAAGAAAGGGCCCCCAGGGUCAGACCAGGGGUCAGGAGAGGUCGGGAAAGGUCCGACAGAGAAACAGAAAGGUUCCUGAACUCCAUACAAAACAAUUUUUCUCUGAGUGGAAUUGCUAUUGGUGCUGAUGGUGAUGAUGUUGGACAUGACCGCCAUGUCCAGCCAACAUUUGGUGGCAGACAACUGCAUGCUGCUGCAGUAGACAGGAACACUGAUGGAGGUCAAAGGCCAUACGAAUCUGACCCCCCAGUGGCAAUCACAUCAUCACAAAUAGGUCAAGAAAACGAUGACCCUCUUGAGGAGGUUGUAGCUGCCAAUCAGAACAGCGGCAGAUCACAACAUAGUGGUCACCAUGGUAACAACUUCCAUGGCAACCCUUUGAUACCAAAUUGUCGAGCCCAGAAUCCUGGGUCAGUAUUUGGCCAGCAGAUUACCAGGCAGCACAAUGCUACUGCAAGUUUGCUUUCAAACGCGGAACGACUAGACGCAUACACUGCACUGCCAGAAAUAUCUGCCCAUGAUUUUGUAAAUGGGUUUUCAGAAAAUAGUGAUCAUCUACAUAGUCCUGCAAGAACAAAUCAAGCCAAUGUGUUUGCGGAUAUACCCCCAGAGCACCGCCUGUUUUCCACUAUGAACCCCAGUGAGCAGGGGUCCAGUUCCCAUGUGAUGUUCCAACUUGACGGUCCUGCACAGCGCAGGCAAUAUGGUGCCACCAGUAGUGCUCCAGCCUCGGUGAAUGGAGCCCUGGCUUUCUCAUACAACUUUCCUCCCUUCACCCUGCUAGAGAGAGGUCGAGCCGCACAAAGGGGCUGGAACCAGGGGUCAAGUGUCACCCGCAACCGUAGCAACAGCAGGGAGAGGGUUCAGCCUGUAUCAGGACAGAUACCCAAAGAAGGAGAACAUUUACUGGAACGCUUAACGCUUUUCACAGACCUGUAUCUCGGCAACCAUCCCCGGACCCAGGCCCCCGUGUCCAACAAGCCGCCCCUCAACGGGCUCCCCCCACGUCCCCAAAGACGGGCCAACCACCUGGCCGCCCGCCAGCGACGCUUUGAAAAUGAGCGCAGGAGAAACGACUUCAGUCUUGAAGGGAACGCAUGCUCCGAUGUCACACUGAGAGAUUUAUUAGGAUAAAAAUAAUAGUUAAUAGUUUGGAUCUUAGGCUGGAAAAAUGGGGCUUAAUGCAUAUGCCUAAGUGUCUGCACAGGAUAAUUAGGGACAACACUUUUCAUUUUAUUGAUUUUUUUGUUUAAUGGAAGUCACUUCUAAUAUAAAGAAGUGAAACUCCAGCUGCUGGAGCAGUAUUGCGUUCUCAUCAUAUACAAUUAGUUGGUCCUUUAUUUAAGGCAAGUGACCAAUUGCCAAAACAGUACAAAACAGCACAAUACAAAACAACAUAAUCAAAUAUAAGAAUAAAGCUUGGUUCACCGCCUUGGAACUGUCAAUGCAACGCAAUUAAAUUAAAUGAGGUCUUGGCAGAAAGUGUUGUCCUUGACAAGACUGUGCAAACUGGACAGGCUAAUCUGGGACGACAUUACGCAUAUGCAUUAAGCCCUGUUUUCCCAGAACGCAUCUCAGUUACAUUUUUUGGUUAGCAGUUUGGCUAAACUAUAGCACUUAAAUUGCAUCAUCUGUGUUAUAUAUUUUGUUUGUGUGGAUGUCUCUUGAAGAAUAGACAUGAUGCCCUUUGAACAUGCGAAAAAAAUUGUGCAACUGAAAGAGGCUAAGAAAUUAAUAAAAUAGAUAAUUGUGUUUGUGAAAAUCACAGCUGCUCUGCCAUCAGUGAUUUAAUGCUAUGGGAAAGAGACUGGUGUUCUAAGAGUGUCUUACAGAAUGUUUUUCAUGUAAGAAAAUCAUUAUUGAUAUCAUGAGCGUAUUAAUGUGUUUGAUUAAUAAAACUGGUAUUUGUUUGUGUUUGUAUAUUUAUUCCAUUGGUUAUGUGUUACUGGUGAUUGUACUACGAACGCACUGGUAAAAGGUAUAUGGUUAUUCUUUGAUGCAGAAUUUCAUAGUCAUAUUUUUACUGGUAUUUUGUGAUAGUUGGAUCUGUGAUAUGAAGGUUUUAGUAUAUAUUAUUUGUUCAGUAAUUCACAGUGUUAUAGGAUGAACAAUAUUAUUUAAUGAUGCGUUAUACAAUGGUGAAAUAUCUAUGUGUUACUACUUGUUGUUCAAUUGCUCAAUGUUGUUCAGAUUUCAAAAUCCAGUAAUAAUUAUUCAUGUUGAUUGAAUUUUACAUGCAAGUUUUCUUACAAAUGCAAGAAUGACUUUGUCCUUACAUAUAAUGUGCAAUUGUUAACUUCCCUAGUUAAAGGCUCAUAAAACAUGGACGAUGUUUUGAAAAGUCACAACAAAGGUGCCUUAUAGAAACCUGGUUAACAGGCCAGUACAGAAUAUUGUUAAGUCUGCACAUGUCUUUUAAACUGACACUGUAAAGUGACAAUAGUUGUGACUUAUUAUUAAUUUCAUAUUCUUAUAAGUUAUAAAUACAAGAAACUGAUGUCCCUGUUUUGAUUAUGAUUUUGAUAAUGUUGCUUAUAACUUUGAUAAGCACAGUGAUACGAUAUAUGGGGCAAGUAUAUAAGUUAUAAAUAUAUUUGAGUUUAAUUUGGAUUAUCUUUAUAAAAAUAUGAUUUUAAUUGUAUAGCAAAAUUAUUAAGUUUGUUACUGCUUUCAAAUAUUUUGAAAAAUCCUAAAGAAUUUACUCUAUUUUUAGCCAUAACAUUCAAAAGCAUAUGCAUAUUGUUGAUUUUUAAUAAUAAUAUUUCAAACAUAUUAUCAAGGGUAAAAUGGAUUUUAGAAAAUCUGUACUAACUUGAUAUGAAAAACAAAACAAUGUUUUUAAUGAAAUGUUUAAAGUGAUGCUUUUAAGCUUCCGUCCAACUAUUUUACUUCUGUUUAAUGCAUUCAAAUUAACUGUGAUAUUUAUGCAGUUUGCUUGUAUUAUGUAUUGACAUUGCUGUGCAGUUUAGAGCUUAAGCACUUUGUUCAUUGCUUGCAAUAAAAUAAAUAUCAUUUUCAUGAA